AUGAGUUCAUCACCAGUUGACGCCCAGAAAGGAAUCCUAGAGAAACUACAAAGUGAUGCUAUGGCAGCCAGGUGGACAGAAGUAUUGGAAACGUACCGGGAAAAAAGGGAGCUUCGCACAGCCCAUAUAACAGAAACGAAAGACACCGUGUUACACAUGGCUGUGUUUCAUGGGUCAGACUGGGUGGCAUCAAAAAUAGUGAACUUAAUAGUUAAUGAAGAGAAAACUCAGAAAGCUCAAGAUAAUGAGAAGGUUAUGGAGUCUGGAGACAAUGAAAAGAGUCCGAAUGUGAGCGAUGUCCUUGGGGCUAAGAACAACAAAGGCAAUACUCCUCUGCAUUUAGCAGCUUCUUACGAAUGUAGAGCUUAUUAUGAUUCAAGAAAAAGUAUUGAUAUGUCUACGAAGAUUGAAGAGGCAUACCCGUCCUCAGUUGUUGAGCCCAACAAUGCCGGCGAGACGCCUCUCUUCUUGGCGGCUCUUCAUGGCAACAGAGAAGUUUUUCUUUGGCUUCAUUAUCAUAUCCCUCAAGAUCCUUCAUCAAGUCGUGAUGCUCACUAUAAAAGGGACGACAAUAAUGACACCAUUAAUGAUAGCAUUCUUCACUGUGCAAUUGCAGGAGGGCAUAUUGAUGUGGCGAUCGAAAUACUUCACCUUUAUAAAAAUCAAGAGAUGACGAUCAUGCGCAAUAAGAAUGGAUUGUAUCCACUCCAUAUCUUAGCGGCAACCCCUUCAGCUUUCAAAAAUACUGAUCUUGGUGGUCGAUCUUUCAUUGUUCGUCUGCUUUAUCACUGGUUUAAAGUUAAGAAGGAGCAGGCCACGACGGAGGAAGCUAUAUUCCAACAACGUGAACACGAAGCACGCCUCCUCUUCGCUAUGGUUGAAUUGUUGCUUUGUAGUAUAGGUUGUGUUGACUCACUAUCCUCAUCUUGGGUGAAUAAGAUGCGAAUUCUAAUUGGUCUGUUGUGGGUUUCGGCCUUGUUCCUGCUGCUCCCCCUAAUCAUCUUUGAGUUCUUAUUUUCAGCAGCAGGGAAUUGGUUACUUCGGAUACGAAAAUUGAAGGAGAAGCAUAAAUGGUCUCUUCAAAUAUUGGAACAAUUUCUUCAACACCCUUCCUGUGGAAAUAUCUCAGAAAAACCAUACGAAGUGGACAGCGAGGCAGGGUCUAAAAUAGUUGUUGAGACACCACUAAUCAUUGCUGCUAAGAAUGGUGUGAGAGAAAUGGUGGAGGGAAUCCUAAAAUCAUUUCCAAAUAUGAAGAAAGCUGAGAAUGAUGAGGGAAAGAACAUAGUUUUAUUAGCAGUAGAAAAGAGGCAGACCAAGCUGUAUCAGUUUUUGCAUGGAUGUUCCUACCUUGACGAUGCUGCAUUUAGUAAAGUGGAUAAAGAUGGAAAUACUGCAUUGCACUUGGCAGCCAAGCUGGGGGUCAACCUAAAUAUGCAAACAACUACAAUGGUAGAGGAAUACAACUGGUUUGAUUUUGUAAAAAAUUCAGUGCCUUGUGAAUUGUGGGAGAAAUACAACAAUGAUGAGAAAACAGCAGAAGAAAUCUUUAGAGUAAGUUACAAGGAACAUAUGAGAAGUGACAGACAAUGGUUGAAUCAGACCUCACAAACAUGUUCUGUGGCAUCGACCCUAGUUGCAUCCAUGGCCUUUUCUUAUGUUGUGUCAGAGCAUUUCGAUGAAAAGAACUACUCAUCACUUGUGGCCCUUUCCUUGUCCCUCACUUCCACCAUCUCCUUCUUGGCCAUACUUGCUUUUCGUUCUCAAUCUCUUAUCUUUUGGAAAUACGCACCUUUCAUGCUUCAAAUUGCUAUUUUGACCAUGUUCGGUUCCAUUGUUGCUUUGUGGAUCUCUCUCAUGCUCCUUGGCAAAUCUUUAACAACUUACGCAAUUCUUGGCUCGCCAAUCGCUAUCCUUACCAUUCUAUCACUACCCAUCUUCAUUGGUCCUACGUUAAUGGCUUUGUUUACCAAAUAUCCACCCCCUAACCGCACCACCACAAGUGCCAUCCGCUACCGAAGGCUCCAGAGAAAGGAAAAUGAAACAGAUUCGAAGCCGCAAAAUUAAGCGUGUGUGAUUUGAUACAUCUUUCUAUUUCUCUCUUGUUUGCAGUGAUGUGUGCGCAAUAUUUAGAGCAUACUCUUUCAAUGUCUGAGAACUGUUCUUGGAGAGGUUUUGUGAUAAUUAUCCCUUGGACCUUACUUAUGUAACUUCUUUUAUGGGCUGC